CACAUAUCGAGUGAAUCACUGAUUGAAUGAGUUUUGCGUCAAAACGAGUCAAUUGGCACUCAUUUAGACAUCGAUUGACUCAUUGGUGGCCACUAUGGCGGACAACUGAUCCCAUACUCCAUACGACUCACACCUCUUGCAUGUGAUGGACAAUCCAUUCGACCAUUUGGUCAAAGAGAGUGAUCCCAAAGUUGCGUUCAAUGAGAAGCAGCUGAAGAUGAAUGAGCUGUUGGUCUCCAUAUUCCGCAUAUCCGUCAACACAUCCAACAGAUCCGCUGCUGUGGACAGAGUGGACACCAAUGGCCCCAAAGUGAGUCUCAAAUGCGUGUCUCUGGAGGACGAGUCGAUGGGUCCGCGAGUGUUGUCUUUCGACAAUUUGGAUCAACUGUUGUGCGAACGGCUGAUGGUCUCGAAUAUCAACGAAUGUCUAAUCGAUUAUCCGUUUGACAAGCAUUUGGUGACCGAGUAUUCCUCCAAAGACUGCGAACAACGAGUUUUGCAUUACUUGUAUGAAUGCUAUCAGAAGAUCGAGACAAUGGAUUCGCCGCUCAUUAGUACUCAACAGAGGAUCCAAUUGAGAGAUACUGUGAUAAACCAGUCGUCACUCAUUGUCUGUCACCCGGAGUUCGACCCCAACCACAGCCCUAACGCCAAAGUGUCGGAACUGCUGGAACUGUUGGAGGACUUCGACGACUACUACGACCACAAAACACAUUUGCAGUCAUUUAUAGGGCGAGUCUUCGACAGAAUUGAAGCCAAGAAUGCGUCCAAAGACGAGGACACGACUCCCACUAUGGCUCUGAAGCCAACAUACGAUGCAUUGUGUGAACGGUUAACACGAAUGUCAUUAAUUGAUCCCAUUUUGAGCCGAACUCUAAAUGUGUUGAAUUAUCUCGUAUUGAAUGCAAACGCAUCGAAAGCAUUGAUCCAAUUGUGUUCACCACCGAACCAAAUGGUGAUUAUGACAAAUGUCUAUCAAAACACUUUGUUUGGAUUACUGCUCAGCAUAUCAUGUCUUCCGCGGUCACUGAACCGCGACUUUGAGUUUUUCCUCAAUCCAUCCAAUUAUUCACAACAGGAGAACGAAAUGACUGAAAAGAAUUUGGGUUUUCAGCUCAAUCUCCUCACCAAUCGGUUCCAUUCCAUCCUAUUAUCACUUCUCAAACAACGCGAGACUCGCACUCAGACUCUCGAGUGGAUCGAGAAGUGCUUGGAUUCGUUCAAAGACAGGGCCCGCAUGUGGACCAAUGAGAUGAUUAUGAUGUCGGGCAGGGCUCAGAACUCUUCGGAUGGCUUUAUGCUUAACUUGUCGUCAGUUUUGCUCAAACUCUGCAAACCCUUCUGCGGCCCUCCCGUCACUAAUAAGCUGCUGAAAGUUGACGCCCGAUAUUGUCGUCUCAAACGGUCCGGACAUAAGCCAUACCUGGAGGCCAUCGCCAGUGAGCCCUUCCUCACGCCUUCAGACGCCGAUCAGAUAAAUGGUGACAAUUUUGAGGCCAGUUUUAUGACUCAAUGUUUUGUAGCCACACAUAAGUCGCUGCACUUAGGCUUUCGUGUGGUUCACGAGAGGUUCUUGAAGUUAGUCCGCGAUCUGAAUCAAAUGCAAAACAUUUACCACGAAAUGGCUGCCCAGACGUCCGAUCCCGAAGCCAUUCAGACCUUAAGAACACGAAUGGAUAAGAGUGUCACUCAAUUCCUGGCGCUAAAGACAAUGUUAGCUGAGAAUGAGUUUCUGGAGACGACUCUUAACUUUCACAUAUCGACAGCCAUUUGGUUAAACAAUUUAGCCCUCAAUCCCAAUGAAACGGAGGCCUCGAAAGCAUUCAAACCCCUUUCACUACCACUUCCUCGUGAUCUUGAUUCUCAAUGUCUUAAAUCUGUUCCCGAAUUCAUAUUAGAAAAUGUGUCCGAUUUUGUGGCAUUUGUUAAACACUUUGGCGGCAAAAACACUCUUUCGCCGAACAUUGAUUUGAAACCAUUGAUGACAAUGAUUAUCAUAUUCAUGGGAUCUCCAGACAGACUCAAGAAUCCGCACUUAAGAGCAAAAUUGGCUGAAAUGUUGGAAUCACUGAUGCCUUCACCGAACGACAACAACAUCUUCUCACUUAGUCGUAAUAGCGAACAGCUGUUCACAGACCACCCGCUGAAGAGUGAAUUGAUUCCGACGUUAAUUCACGUGUUCGUCAGCAUUGAGAUAUCGGAUGGACUGACGGGUGAGACCGUGAACGUGGCGUUUGAGCAGAAGUUUGGGUACCGGAAGCCUAUGUAUACUGUCUUGAAAUACCUGUGGAGUAAAGCGGAGCACAGGAAGCGUAUGAAAGAGAUGGCAGACUUCGCCCAAAACAAUAUGGAAGCCAUUUCUCCGCCGCUUUUCUUGCGAUUCAUUAAUUUACUUAUGAAUGACGCCAUCUUUCUAUUGGAUGAGGCGCUCACUUACAUGAGUAAACUGAAGGAACUCCAGAUCCAGAGGGACGGCGGAGAGUGGGCUAAACUGCCGGCACAACAACGCGAGCAAAAUGAGCAGAACUUUCAACACACGUCCCGUUUGGCGACCUUUCAUAACAUCAUGGGUUGCAAUACCAUCCAUACGUUGAGUUGGAUUACGGAAGAGAUUAAGAGUAUAUUCUGCGACAAAACACUUGUCGAGCGAAUGGCCUCAAUGUUGAACUACUUUCUGCUGCAUUUGGUUGGCCCACAAAACCGGGCCCUAAAGGUCAAGGAUUUGAAGCAAUUCGAGUUCAAGCCUAAGGACUUGGUUCACGACAUCUGCCGCAUGUAUGUCAACCUCGCCAACGAAGACAACGAUAAGCGCCGGAAGUUCUGUUUGGCUGUAGGUAUGGACGACAGGUCCUAUUCGGCCGAUCUGUUCACCCUGGCGUCCGAUGUGCUCAUUAAGUCCGGGUUCAUAGGCCUGUCCAAUGAGACCCAAGAAGUAGCCAAACUGGUGGACAAAGUGCUGCAAUUCAAUAAGCGUCGAGAGAUCGAUAUGGAGGAAGUGCCCGAUGAGUUCACCGACCCGUUGAUGAGUUGCCUGAUGACUGAUCCGGUCAUUCUGCCCAACUCUGGCAUCAGAAUCGAUCGCUCCACCAUUGCUCGCCAUUUGCUCAGUGACCAAACGGAUCCGUUCACUCGGGCGCCGCUGACCAUGGAUUUGGUCGUUCCCGACACUGAACUCAAGCAACGGAUUAAGGCUUUCAUCGAUGAGAAGCUCAAAGCCAAGGAACAAACCAACAAA